UGGGCUGCCUAGAACAAGACUGGGCCUGUGGUCAGUAAAGGGGAGGGCCUAGGCAGAGGAGGGGGAGCCGGCUGUCCCUCUGAUAGCUAUAGAGCAGCUGGGCACGCACCUUUCCAGAUCAGGAUUGCCUGUGGAGAAGCUCGGGUAGAAACUCAACCUUGUGGAGCAUACUCCCCAACAUGUGGACAUGGGAGUCAGACAUUCUGUGCGUCCUUGUUCUGCUGGCCUGGCUGGUGGGUAGUGUUUACCCCCAGGCACUUUCUGGCCCAGGCCUGGGUCCAGAGCUUCUCCAUCAUUGGAACAACAGUGGGUACUCAGUGGUCAGUCUACAGUGGAUCUCUGUACGGGCUCCCUUCCUCACCACUUCAUGGACCUUGGUGGCUCUUUUCUCUGCCCUAGUCUUUCAUCUGUCCCACAAGGUCACCAGCAUUGUCCCCGAGAGCGCUCUACUCAUCGUUCUGGGCCUGGUGCUGGGCGGCAUCGUCUGGGCAGCUGACCACAUCGCCUCCUUCACACUCACACCCACGCUCUUCUUCUUCUACCUGCUGCCCCCUAUCGUGUUGGAUGCUGGAUACUUCAUGCCCAAUCGACUCUUCUUUGGUAACCUGGGCACCAUCCUGCUAUAUGCUGUCAUUGGCACCAUAUGGAAUGCAGCCACCACAGGAUUGUCCCUCUAUGGUGUCUUCCUCAGUGGCCUAAUGGGUGAGCUGAAGAUUGGACUCCUGGAUUUCCUGCUUUUUGGUAGCCUCAUUGCUGCUGUGGACCCUGUGGCUGUGCUGGCUGUGUUUGAGGAAGUCCACGUCAAUGAAGUUCUUUUCAUAAUUGUUUUUGGAGAGUCACUAUUGAAUGAUGCAGUGACUGUGGUCUUGUACAAUGUUUUUGAGUCUUUUGUGACGCUGGGUGGUGACAAGGUGACUGGCGUGGAUUGUGUGAAAGGCAUAGUGUCCUUCUUCGUGGUGAGCCUAGGGGGGACCCUGGUGGGUGUUAUCUUCGCCUUCCUGCUGUCCUUGGUGACUCGCUUCACCAAGCAUGUGCGUAUCAUCGAACCUGGCUUCGUCUUUGUCAUUUCCUACCUGUCUUACCUGACCUCCGAGAUGCUGUCCUUGUCAGCGAUCCUGGCCAUCACCUUUUGUGGCAUCUGCUGUCAGAAGUACGUGAAGGCCAAUAUCUCAGAGCAGUCGGCCACCACUGUGCGCUACACCAUGAAGAUGCUGGCCAGUGGAUCAGAGACCAUUAUCUUCAUGUUCCUGGGCAUCUCAGCUGUGGACCCCCUCAUUUGGACGUGGAACACGGCUUUUGUGUUGCUGACGUUGGUCUUCAUUUCUGUAUACAGAGCCAUUGGUGUUGUUCUGCAGACCUGGAUCCUGAAUCGUUACCGCAUGGUGCAGCUAGAGACCAUUGACCAGGUGGUCAUGUCCUACGGUGGCCUGCGUGGGGCAGUGGCCUACGCCUUGGUGGUGCUCCUGGAUGAGAAGAAAGUCAAGGAGAAAAAUCUGUUUGUGAGCACCACUCUCAUCGUGGUCUUCUUCACAGUGAUCUUCCAGGGCCUGACCAUCAAGCCCCUGGUGCAGUGGCUGAAGGUGAAGAGGAGUGAAGAGCGCGAGCCCAAGCUCAACGAGAAGUUACAUGGCCGGGCUUUCGACCACAUCCUCUCUGCCAUUGAGGACAUCUCAGGACAAAUCGGACACAACUAUCUCAGAGAUAAGUGGUCCAAUUUUGAUAGGAAGUUCCUCAGCAAAGUCCUCAUGAGAAGAUCGGCUCAAAAAUCUCGAGAUCGGAUUCUGAAUGUUUUCCAUGAGCUGAAUUUGAAGGACGCUAUUAGCUAUGUGGCCGAGGGAGAGCGCCGUGGGUCCCUGGCCUUCAUCCGCUCCCCGAGUACGGACAAUAUGGUCAAUGUGGACUUCAGCACACCACGCCCAUCUACUGUGGAGGCAUCUGUCUCCUAUCUCUUGAGGGAGAAUGUCAGUACUGUAUGCCUGGAUAUGCAGUCCUUGGAGCAGAGGCGGAGGAGCAUCCGUGACACUGAGGACAUGGUCACCCACCACACACUGCAGCAGUACCUGUACAAGCCUCGGCAGGAGUACAAACAUCUCUAUAGUCGGCAUGAGAUAACACCCAACGAGGAUGAAAAGCAGGACAAGGAAAUCUUCCACAGGACCAUGAGGAAGCGCCUGGAGUCCUUUAAGUCAGCCAAGCUAGGCAUCAACCAGAACAAGAAGGCAGCCAAGCUGUACAAGAGGGAGCGUGCCCAGAAGCGGAGGAACAGCAGCAUUCCUAAUGGGAAGCUUCCCAUGGAGAACCUGGCACACAACUUUGUCAUCAAGGAGAAAGAUUUUGAACUUUCAGAGCCUGAGGAGGCCACCAACUAUGAAGAGACCAGUGGGGGCAUUGAAUUUCUGGCCAAUGUCACCAAGGAUGUAACCUCUGAAUCUGGGGCAGGAAUUGAUAACCCCGUGUUCUCCCCUGAUGAGGACCUGGACCCAAGCAUCCUAUCCAGGGUGCCACCCUGGCUGUCCCCUGGGGAGACCGUGGUGCCCUCGCAGAGGGCCCGUGUCCAGAUUCCCAACUCUCCCAGCAACUUCCGCCGUCUGACACCAUUCCGCCUCAGCAACAAAUCCGUGGAUUCCUUCCUGCUGGCCGAUGGCCCUGAGGAACAGCUCCAGCCCACUUUCCCCGAGUCCACACACAUGUGACACAGGCUCUGACACACCGCUCACCGGAACCUUGUCCCCGCGUUGGCCACCCGCUGCGGCUCAGCAGCCCUUGCUCCCUUCACGGCUGGCUACCCCACGUGCCCCGAGCCCCGCCCCACCUGAGCGCAUCUCGCCAGCACCUUUUGCCUCUGGUGAACCCGGGACAGGGCCAGAGCACCGAGCCCCGCCCAGUGCGCACGCUCGGUCUGCGGCUGCGCGCCGCGUACACAGUCGGCGCUCCUUCCAGAGGCCGCGCCCUCGCCGCCGCCCAGCUCUGCUUAAGCUCGCUUCUCUUCCGGGCUCUACUGAACUGCCGCCACACGCUCUGGAGCAAGAAGAGACGCCGCUGUGAUCGCUGCCUGGCCGGCGGCCAGUUCAGAAAGUCUCCUUCAGUGGCCCCUCCCCAACCGGCUAGGGUUUCUUAGGGUCCACUGCUCUCCGGGAGUCUUAUGCCUAGUUUGGCCCUAGGAAGAAGCUUUUCAUCCACCGGGCAUCCCCAGAAUACCACACUGCCAUUUCCUUGCCCUGGUUCAGUCCCUACUCUUCUGAGAUGCUGCGCCCCCUAAUCACCUCCCGCCCAACACACACACAUAGUGCUCAGGGGAGCAUUUGUGUUUGCCACUCUUACUCAGAGGAGAAAGACCCUUGAGAGGCCGGUGGCGGACCUCUUAUCACAGCUGGUACAAACGUCUUAACAGUUAAGAUUUGUGGAAGUUGCACCGCCCAGAUCCUAACCGGGCAGCAGCUUCUUGUACAUCUUCAGAGAUACACUUCCCCCAGGCCCUAGCUGACCCCCUUCCAAGUUAGUUCUCCAGACUGUCCUACCACCUUGUGGCUUGUAGGAUCAACUGCAGAAAUAUUUGUUCCAAUUUUGGCUCCUGUUUGACCCGUCCCAGUCUGGGCCUUGCCGGCACAAACAAGGUGUCUCGCCUGAGCUGUCCCUAAGUUGGGAAUACCGCAGAUGGUCAGACUGGCUGGGAUAGGGGACUAAAGGGGGACCCACAGGCAACUUUGGUCAGAACUAUAGCCAGCUCUCUGUGGACACAGAAGGGCUCUACAUCACCCAGGAGGGGGGCAUACAGGAAUCCACUGUCUGGGCAUGUCCGCCUUGCCUCCAGGAUUUCAGUCGUAGAGCACCGUCCCCUGGAGUGGUAAGAGCCGUGUCCUCAUCACCUUUCCUCAGAUGUCCAGUCUUGAACAGUAACCUGAGUUGUGCUCCUGGAAACUUGGCCUGCACCACAGGAUCUCACUUGAGGGAGACUGGUAUGAGGCUCAAGGUGGAUGUAGGGACCUCCUGGAGACUUCUGAAACAAACCACUCAGCUCUCUGCUCAGGAAACUAAAUACUGUGUCUCAGGAACAAGGUUGACAGUUUCGCUCACAGGGCUCACAAGAAGGUCCACCAGUUUGUAUUAAUGCUGCAGUUGAAUCGUGGAUAGGAAGAGUGGACAACUUCCUGUUCACAAACUGAGAGAAAUGAACGAAUACAAAGCAAGCUCGCACAUCGUACUGCAUUCUGUCCCCACCGGAACCUGUCAGUACACUGCUGACUGGCGCUCAGACUCAGACGCACAGCAUCUGGUUUCCAUGGCCCUUUUCCCUUGCAGCAUUUUGACCACUUCUGAAAUGCAGUCCAGCCGUUGUAAAACGAAUGCUGUGGCCAGUAAUUCCAUCUGGAGCCGCCGCUGGAACCUCCUAGGUAGGCUGUGCCUGGCUAAUGGAACCUCCUAGGUAGGCUGUACCUGGCUAAUGCACCAGGGGUGUGCUGAGUGCACCUGCCAGCCCCUGCUUUGCAGACAAGUUUCCCAUGCCUGCCUGUGCCCGGACACUGCCUUAACACACCACCUGAUCUGUUGGACACGGGGUCUAAUUCCCACUGCAGAAUUAGAAGCCGUGUCUGACCAGACAGUGCCUCAGGGGCAACAGAUACCCACCCACAGAUACCAAAGCUAGCAGCCAGGUGAUGAAUCUUGCGACACUCUGUCCCUGUGUUUUAGCGGUGCACAGGCCGUGUCCUUUGAGUUUGUGAACCAUACCUUGGCAUAGCGGCAUGGAACCAGUUUUGACAAGAAAGUCCCAUUUGCAAAAAACCAUUUCCUGUGCUUGAUGACACGGUGGCUACAUUUCAUAGUUGAGGAUCCCCCUGUUCUUGUCAUUGUUGUACAAUAGAAUGUAAAAUCCUAUGAAUGUAUUUCCUUAGGAAAACUGUUGUAAAAAUUUUUUAUUAGGAGAGAAUAUUUAUUUAAUACUGAACUUUGACCUACUUUGUGUUACUACAAAGUAUACAAAUUUGGGAAAUUUGUAUUUCCACAACUGUAUUUUCUUGAAAAUAAUUUUAUUACAGUGUUCAAUAUACUAUGUAUUACGGAUCUUUUUGUGAAAGGAAAUUUACAGAAUUUUAUCAAAACUAGAAAUAUAUUUUGAGUGGUUAAAAUUGUGAAAUGUUGUGAGCAUAAUCAUAGUUGAACUUUGUUUAAUUCUGAUUACAGAAUAAUGUGCCUUAAAAUGACCCCCUCUCCACUGAGUGGGCAUCAUCUGUACAGGGGACAUCAGCACAACCGUAGUGACUACUUGUUUAAGUCUAUUAAAAACAUUUCAACACA